AUAGUUCAGAAGCUGAUGUCCGUGCUCAGAUACUGAAACAAAACGAUCGAGCCAAGAUAAAAGUGAGGGCAGCGUUCAGCAAACUAAAAUGCGUUAAGAAACAAUUCAGUGAGGAGUGUUUCAAGGUUUUCACAGUGAGCUCCAAAGAGUUCUUGAGAAAGAAACGUCUGGAUCCAGAUGAAACAGAAAUUCCCAAACUGCAGGAAUUCCUGAAAGAUCUCAAUGACUGGCACUCUGAGACAUUAAACUAUGUGUCUGGAGCUCGCGGGAUUCUCUCUCUGAUUCAGGGAGCCAGCAGCAGAGAAGGGUUUCAGGCUGACAUAAAGACGGCUGUGUCCAAAGAACUUGAAGAAAAGCUGAAUCAUGAACUUGAUAAAGUCAGGGAACCCAUGAAAGAGACCGUUAUGGCUUUUAAAAAAUGCCUCAGUGAGGGGGUUGAAAAAUCUAAAAGUUCAUUUGAAGAAGUCUUAAAGUCGGUCCUUUAUCCUAAAACAAUAAAAGGUGGUGCAUUUCACAAGAUAUUGAAGUGUGUAGUUGAGAAGGGCGGCAUCCACAAACCAAAAAAAGGGAAACUAAUAAACAUCAAUAUGAAGUUAUCUUCAUGUUUGACCGACAGCAUUGACGAAGAAUUUAAGAAGACCUUCCCAAAUGAAGGAAACAGUGGACCAUUCAACGGGGUCAUCAAUGUGUUUUCACUUGGCACAGAGAAGCUGAUGAAAAAGGAGUGCGAAAAUGUCAAACUGCAGCUGACAUUUCUCAAGACAGAGGAAGAAAAAAUGAAAACAAAACUCAACAAACUCAUCCGUGAGCGAAAGAAAACGAUCUACAGCAGCCUGACAACAACAAUCGAGGAGAAAAUGAAACCAUGCUAUGACAGAGCAAAAGAAAUUAAAGGAGAAGGCACGCUGAGAAACAUGAGGGAAACUAUUGAAAUACACGUACAUGGUUCAAAGGAUGUCAUGUUUGCUCAGGCUAAAAACAACAUGGUGAAAAAGCUGAAAGACUUGAUGUUGGAGAUCCUGGAGAAACUGUGUAACACGAUGCAGGAAUCAAUCGAGCUGUCACUCAAAACAGAUGGUGACUCCAUCCCAGAUGUUAGUGAUGAGCUUAAGUUUGUAAAUAAAUACUACAAUGACCUGAAAAGAACUGACAUAGUGCCCAGAUGAUGCAAUUAUUUGUAGUGAUUAACCCGGUUCAAGCGGCUACAGUGCGUCCAUCAUGUGCACAGGGUUGAUCAGUGGAGAGUAACAGCAGACGCCAGUUAACCUACCGAGGAUAAAAGACAUGAGGCCUCUGGAUUGGGUCUCAACCAUUUUUUGUAUCUCUGUUUACUACUACUGUUUUUUAUUGUUAGCAUAAGGGGCUGCCCUAAUUCAUGUCAUUUUAAAAUCCUCUUAAAAAGCAGUUUGUUGAUCAUCUUAGGUUUUACAGCCCAUAAAGGAAUAUCUCCAUGUCAAUAGCGACCCCCACAUCCAUCCCACCCCUGCUUUCGUGGGCAUCAGCAUUUUAGCUUUCAUAAAUGUACUUUUUAAUCCAGUUUUCAGCACACUUUUACUAAACACUUUAAAUCUUGGUAUUUUUUAACGAACAGGCUUUUACCUGAGCUCAGGCAACAGGACUUGAGAGGUUAACACCUUGGUUUGUACCAAUGUUUGGCGAUGUAAGAGGACUUACAGAUCAACUAUGAAACUUUAAACCUCCAGAACUGUUUGCAUUAGCUUGUAGCCUCUCUGGCUUUUAUCCAUCAAGGAAACACUAACUUUAAAAGUAAACUGCUUUAUUCAGUGCUGAAGCAGCUUUACUCUCUGGGUCAGUUUGUUUUGGAGAGGAGGAGAGACCCCUGGGAACAUUUUGACUAUAAUGGCAAACUAUGAGUUGCUAUGCUGUCUUUGAUUUGUUUUGAAUGAGAUCCCCCAGUGAAAAAGUCCUCACUAUAGAGACGUUUUGCUUUGAAUGAUUUAACAGUUGUUAUGUAUUUUUAAUAUAUGUAUUUUCGGGUUUUGAAUCUGUUUUUAUUCUGUUUAGCAUUGUUUGAUAAGUUUAGGCUGAAAUUUCAAUGAAUCAAUUAAAUCCUCAACAUUGUUCACAGCACUACUGGAGGGUGAUUUUGAUGUCGACUAGGCUUCUCAAAUAACUAUUUUGAUCUGUUUUCUCUUAUUUGAAAGCACAAAACUCACUGCAAAUUAAUGGGGUUUGGUGUUUUUUCAUUCAUAUUAGGAGAAAUAGAGAGAUCUAGA